GCAGUUUGAAAAGUGUGCUUGGCGGUUGUCGAAGCACGGAAAAAACAGAAAGCAUGGCACGACGAAAACGCACCCGUGUUCAACGCACGGAACCUCAGCAGGACGUAGACUAUCGCAAAGGGGCUUCGGCAGACUUGCAGGACCUUGGUCUCGAUUCAGAAGACGAGUUUCAUGACCAGAGGGAAAAGAUCACUCUUGACGAGAGCCUCUGGAGAGGACGUCGAGGAGAGGAGGACGAAGAAGGGGAUGAAGAAGUUUUUGGGUUAGAUGUGGGUGACUCGGAUGAGGAGGACGAGGAGGAAGAGGAGGACGAGGAUGAGCAAUUGUUGAAAAAAGUGCGUCAAAGCCUGCGAAAAGGGGCAGAAGACAGUGAGAGCGAGGGCGAAGAGGAUGAGGAAGGGGUCAAAAACCGACGCACGCGAGGGGGGGAUGAUGAAUUUGAUGAUCGGGCGUGGGGAAAGUCGAGGAAAAUGUACUAUGACGCUGACGAGGCGAGCGAUCAAGAAGAUGCCAAGGAAGAAGAACAGGAAGCACUGCGCCUGCAGAAACUACGGGCCAGCCAAAUCCGCGAGCAAGAUUUUAUUGACGACUUUGCAGAUAGCUUCCUCAACCGCCUCUCCUCUGGUGCCGGCGAAUCGUCAACCGCAGUGCACCUCGACAAGGAUGAGCAAGAUGAUGACCUGGACCACCUCGCCAUUUCCACUUCCCUCCCUCUUCACCUCCUCCCCUCAACACAAACAAAGGUGGAAGUCGUUUCGCGCGACGAGAGCAAGCUUUCCGUCGAGGAAUUGGAAAGGAUUGCAGAAUCGAGUAUACCUGAUGUUGUGCAGCUUUUGGGGGAAUUUACAGUUAGAUGGGAAGAGUUGCGAGACGUUAUUGGACCCGCGUUGAAAUGGCAUUGUCGGCCAGAGAAUGCGAUACGGACGGGACACAAGGGUGAAAGAGCCAGACAGUAUCUGGAACUCAAAUACCGCAUUCUCGUCACGUAUCUGACCAACAUAUCAUUUUAUCUCUCCCUCCGAGCCAACCCACCUCCAGGCUCAAACAUCAAGGCUCAUCCCGUUGUAGAAUCUCUGGUUCAAAUGCAGGAAUUCCUAAGUGUUCUCGAAACCAAAGUGGAGGGCCGUGUAUCGGACGAUGAUAGCGAAGGGUCCGAUGAGGAAGGCGUACGGAGAAAAAAGAGACGAAAGAGGCGCCAGCAGGUGCGGGGUCUGCCUGGACUGAUGGCAGACGUGGAGAGCUUGCUUGCGAACGGGGUAGAUGCUAUUGCCGAUGAAGAGCAGGAUUUGAGUGCGGAGGAUGAUGCAAUGGACAUGGCCGAACCCGUCGAUCCGGUCCCAUCCAAACUCGGAAAAAAGAAAACCCAAUCUGGUACUCAAACGAACGGCAGCAUUGAAGCGACGGAACCACCAUCCAAGAAGAAAUUUAAAGCCAUCUCCAUCCCCGAGGUAGAGUUUGUUCCUCUCUCCAAACCAAAGAAAUCCCGCGUCAAAUCAAUGAGCAACGAUUUCGGAGAAUCGAACGACAUUGACCUAGUAGAUUUGGAAGACAAGUUGGCGAGGAAGAAGAGUCUAAAGUUCCAUGUUACCCGCGUCGAUCAGGCCAUUGCGUCCCGCCAAGCGCGCCUAGCACGGUCAGCAGGCGGAGACGAAGACAUACCUUACCGUGACCGCAAUGGCAAAGUCAUCCAGCCUGCGUCUGAGCGACCAACUCAAGAAACCAUUCCCGCGGAUCUGGAUGACGACCAAAUGGGCGAUAUGGCUGGUGACUUUGGUUUCGGGUUGGAUGAUGAUCUCUUGGACAACAUUGGGGCGGAAGGCGAAGACGACGAAUAUGAUUUAGGUCAAGACAAAACGCGCAAACGCCGCCAUGCGUCUGACGAGGAAUCAGACGCCGACGAAGAGGAAGACCCGCUGGCAUACUACGAGCACGUCAAGCAAAGCAAGAAAGCUCGCAAAGAGCAGCGUGAAGCAGAAGUCAUGCAAGCGAAAUUGGAUAACACGCUCGACGAUAGCCAUCUCUACGACGAAAAUGACCUUGGCGAGGGCGCAAAACGUCCAGCAUCCUACAAGAUCAUCACGAACAAGGGUCUCACCCCGUACCGCAAAAAGGAACGACGCAACCCACGUGUCAUGAAACGACUGCGGUACGAGAAGGCUGUCAAGCGGCUGGGAAGUUUCAAGAGAGUUGCCGUGGACAAGAGCAGUUUGGGAGCUUACGAGGGAGAAAAGACGGGUAUCAAAGCAAAUUUGGCGAGAAGUGUCAGAUUUGCUGCAUAGAGUUUGUUAUAUUUUGGGAUGCACUUUUUUCUUUUAUUUAUUAGGGUUAGGGUGGAUAGAUUUCAGCACGUUUUACAUAUCUCUGUGAAUGGACGAGGUUUCCGGAUGGUGAGCAUCAUCCCUUUAUGCAUGGUUUUAAGCAUAAAUUGCAAACGUUGGCGCGUGCUCCAAGAGUUGCGCAUGAGGCAUGUACUUGAUAUAUCAAGGUUCAGUCGUUUUGACCAUUUACCAGGCAUCUGGGCUACAUAAUACGGAAUGUCACUGACUUUUACAUUUUGACUCGUUGUAAUGACAGCUGAAGUGAAUCAUUUACAAGCUGAUGAGUUAGAUU